AUGCAAAGGCAUUCAUGUUCAAAGGUUCCUGAAGCUGUUGUAGCAGCCAACAAAGUUGCCUCUUUGAAUCCUUUCUUCAAAGUAAAUAUUCGAUCAAGCCAUGUGGAGCACGGCUCUUUGACUGUACCUGUGGAAUUCUUCAGGAGUUAUGCCAAGAAGAGCAUUGAGAAUGUAAUAUUACAAGUUGCAAGGAGACAGUGGACUGUGAAAUUACUAAUCUACCGGUCUCCUCAUCAAGGUUGCUUUUCUGCAGGAUGGUCGUCAUUUGCAAAGGAAAAUUCUAUACAAGUAGGGGAUGCUUGCAUCUUUGAGUUGGUUAACAGUGAAACCAUGUUGCUAAAAGUCUCUUAA